AUGGCCGGUGAAAAUAAAUCAAAAACACCCUUUGAAGACUUGGCCCGCCAGUCCUCCAACGUGGAGACAUCUCCCUCUGUGAAUCCCUCUGAUCCCAGCCCAGAUGAGCCCCCGCCAUACUCGGCGCAUGAGCGUUCGGCAUACCCUACUCUACCGGAGAUUCCUCCAUCUACGGCCCCAGAGGUAACUCCAAAUCAUCCAUCUGUCGGUCUUGAAGCUGUGACUCAGGAAACCACAUCACCAGGUUUAGAGGCUGUGCCGCAGGGGAGCUCAUCCGCUGCCGGCCCAUCAAGGGCACCGCAGACACCGGGUUAUGACCAGCGUAAGGCUAUUGCUAUACCAGCCAUCGAUUCCAGUGCAGGGUCCCCUUUUAUUCGGGCCUAUGCACCUAUCCUCCACAACUACAAGAUCUCCAAGAAGACAUUUCUCAAUUUCUUAGACCAACUUAAUGAUGUGAUGACCACCAGCCCGCCAAUGCAGGUGUUGGACGCCACCGGCGGCAUCCUGAAAUCGGUGCCAAUCCUAUUUCCACUCCACUGGAUCGGCUCCGCAGUGAGCGGCAUUGCAAGUCUCGGCGGACAAGGGAUCUCCAAAGGCCGCUCGGACUCCGCGAUCAAGCAAGCCAAUAAGGAAAUCUUUGGCCCUCGUGGGCUGCAGGUCGAGAUUGGCAAGCUGGAUGCACUCGCUCAUCUCGCCAAAAUGCCGAUCUUGGAUUCGCAGGGCAAGGUCAAUCGGCAGGCGCCUCUGCUCCUGCAGUUAACGGAGUCGGUUAGUAUGCCAACGAACGAACCGCAAGAGCUGGACCUGCAGCAGCGGCGGAUCCGAGCCCUGCAGCCGUGGAUCGCUGAGCUUGAGGUUGACGUUUUGCCGUGGACCUCCAAAUCACGGCUGACGCGAUUCAACGCGGCCCUGAAGAAGAGAAAUGAUCCUAGGCGACCGGACUCUGCGGCGCAUGACGGAGACGAGGCUGAGGAGAACCAUGCUGGGUUCCGGAAAUGUCUCUGGCUAAUCAUCCGGUAA